UAAAAGUCCGACCCCAUUUGACCCUUUCGGUCUUCCAGAACGUCUGAACUCGCAAUCUAGACACAUUGACGAGCAGUAUUUGAACCACCCCAUACGAUCAGAAUGGCAUCAGCAGACUUCCAGGCUGAACAAGCAUUUGCCCGCUCUUUCUUGAACACUAUCGGUCGACAGCCAAUCACCUACAACGACGACUAUCGCCAGCCCCUGCAAAGUUCCCUGCGAAAGGUUCCAGUGUUAGGGAUCCCUGUUCCUCCCGUGCCAGAGCGUAAAGUCGGCGAAUCUUCCACUGCAGGAGCCACCGUCACCCUCACCUUCAAGUCUCUCAAGCCCCCCGUUGCCUACACCCUCCCAGUCUCGUUGACGGACAGCGUCCUCUCUAUCAAGAACGUCCUCCACGAGAAGCACUCCGACGUCCUACCCGCCGCCGAACACCAGCGUAUCCUUCUUAAAGGCAAAGCCCUCGCAGACCAGAAACUCCUGAAGGAGUACAACGUCAAGGACGGCGACACACUCAACCUCGUUUUCAAAGCAGCCCCAGCAGCGGAGAAAGCACAAGAGCCGACAAUCGCUGCACCCCAACCAGUUACACCCGCAAGUUCAAUGAGUAGCCCGUUCGGUUCCGUUGGGGGAUCCCUUGAUCCCAACGCUAAACCAUCCGGCGGGAGGAAACACCAGAGAAUACCGUCGGUUGUGCUCAGUCCUUCCCCGUCGAACGAUACCCUCGAAGAGAAGCCAAAGGAGAUUACGCUGGAUUUGGAUUCAGUCGCCGCGGAUCCUAUUAGCCCGGUCCUAAGAGACGAACUCAGCCUGGCGAGCACGUACCAUGAUACCGUCGCCAACCCUGAGUUCUGGGAGAGACUAGUUGCGUUCCUGAGGGCUGAGUUCGUCACAGAAUCCGACUUCCACCAAGCCUUUGAAGACUUUUUGUGCGCCACCAAGGGCGCGUUAACGGCCAACCAGAUUGCAAAGAUUCGGGACCAUGUUAAGAUUUAUGGGAUGGCGGGUCAAUAGUUGAACCCAGUCGCGCUGCUUUCUACAUAAUGAACAUUUGGGCUUUUGGUUUGAAGUUUCCGGCCAUGUAAUUCGACUAUCUUUUGGCUAU